GACUAAGGAAUUAGUUUGUUAUUUAUAUACGUCCUUAGAAGUGUCAAGUCCUCAACUUGCCUUAUAUACAUCUAAUAUAUUUACAUUAACGAAAUAACAUCAUUCUACAUUAAUUAUAAUAUACAUCUUUGUUUAGUCAUCAUGGAAAUACAAUUACUUUAUAUUCAUUUUUUGUUAGUGUUAGCAACGUUUUCAUAUGCGAAUGAAGAAAUUUCACAUUUUAGAGAAAAACAAAUUGAUGGAAAUCCAAUAAAAAUUGCUAUACUUCAUUUGCUAACAAAUAAAGACAACUUGAGAGAAGAGUUUGGUAAAAUUAAAAAAAAUCAUGCAGAAGCUGUUUUUCAUUUAAAAAAACAGGAUACAUAUCAUCUUCAAUUUGAAAUGAUUAACGAGUUGCUCACAAAUACAAUAGGAAACAUUGAGGAAUAUAUAUCAAUGUUAAGUAAUGUCAAUUCUAGUCCUAUUGAUGAAUCUAUUUCAAUCAGAGAAAAAGUUAUAAAUGCCCUCUUGUCAAUAUUGUAUGAAACAGUUUUUUUCGGAGAUAUAAUUUAUAACUUUCCGGAUACAACUAAACACAUUUUAAAAUUUGAAGAGAAGAGGCUAAAUAUACUAACUUGGUCUUUGUUAUAUGCUGAUUUUAUGCAAGAAUUGUUGGAUGACAUUACCGUUGAUAUCAUUUCUGAAGCUCAAGCACGACUGCAUAAGAUCAAAUCUGAACUUAAAUUGAGAAAAAGAAAAUUCAUCAAAUAGCGUAGUUCUCCGAUAUUAAUAA